CUCCUCCACCUCCAAUUCUCCAAAAACAAAGAUCGAAAUGCCUCUUCCUCCUCGGUCUCCCAUCCUCCUCUUCCUCUGCCAUGACGUCUCCCUCCUCUCCUUUCUUCUCCAUUUCCCGAUCCAAUGCCUCCUCUGUCUCUGUCCCAACUCCCUUCCCACUCUCCUUCCGCCAACAACCAGCCGCCACCUCCAUUCUCCUACCCUGCCGACCUACCACCCUUCUCCCCCACCUCAAACUCUACCACUCCAGCCCUCCACUCCGUCACUUUCACCCCGCAUCCGCCACCGCUUCGUCUUACGCUUCCGACGAGGACGACGAAACCCCCAAACUGUCCGAAAGCAGUGAUCUUCCGGAGAUGGCGCGGGCCUUAGGAGUUUCAUCAAGGGUGGCUUACGCGGCUUGCGCCUGCUUAGUGCUGGCAGCGCUUAGCGUACCCCUUGUGAUGCGGCCGGUGACGUCGGCGGCAAGCGCGAAGAUUAGGGCUCUGUCUUACGUGACGCUGCUUUCCGGGUUCUACAUGGCGUGGAACAUCGGAGCUAAUGAUGUUGCUAACGCGAUGGGCACGUCGGUGGGCUCCGGGGCGCUCUCGCUUUUGCAGGCGGUAGUGAUCGCGUCGGUGCUGGAGUUCUCCGGGGCGCUCCUAAUGGGAACUCAUGUGACAAAUACUAUGCAGAAGGGGAUCCUUGUGGCGUCGGUAUUUCAUGAGAAGGAUUCGUUGCUGUUUGCUGGGCUUCUUUCGUCGUUGGCUGCUUCGGGUACUUGGUUGCAGGUAGCUUCCUUCUAUGGCUGGCCUGUUUCCACCACACACUGUAUAGUAGGUGCCAUGGUUGGUUUUGGCCUAGUCUAUGGCGGCAUUGGAGCUGUUUUCUGGAGUUCACUCGCACGAGUAGCUUCAUCUUGGGUCAUAUCCCCUGUCAUGGGAGCUGCAGCAUCUUUCAUUGUUUAUAAAUGCAUCCGCAGGUUUGUGUACAGUGCUGAUAAUCCCGGCCAAGCUGCUGCAGCUGCUGCACCAGUUGCAGUUUUCCUUGGCGUUACAGGAAUCUCCUUUGCAGCAUUCCCACACAGCAAGAUUAUUCCAAUUGCACUGGUUCAAGCCUUAGCUUGUGGAAGCAUUGGUGCAUUUAUUGUAAACAGAAUCAUACAUAAACAACUUGGCCACCUCCUAAGCUCUGAAGCUGAGAAGCCAGUGCAGAAAGAUAAACUUCAUCUCGAAAACAUCAGUUUCUUAGCAGACAUUGCUGGCCCAAAAGGAGCUCAGUUGGAGAUUGUCUAUGGCGUUUUUGGCUACAUGCAGGUCCUUUCUGCAUGCUUCAUGUCAUUUGCGCAUGGAGGCAAUGAUGUCUCGAAUGCUAUUGGCCCGCUCGCUGCUGCUCUAUCUAUUCUCCAAGGAGGAAUGACAGGGACUGAGAUAGUGAUCCCCAAAGAUGUCUUGGCCUGGGGUGGAUUUGGAAUAGUGGCAGGGCUCAUGAUGUGGGGACAUAGAGUUAUAGCCACCAUAGGAAAGAAGAUAACAGAGUUAACACCAACCAGAGGAUUUGCAGCUGAGUUUGCUGCAGCAUCAGUGGUGCUAGUGGCAUCGAAGCUUGGCUUACCAAUCUCAGCUACUCACACCCUUGUCGGCGCCGUCAUGGGCGUCGGUUUUGCUCGUGGCCUGAAUAGCGUGAGAGCGGAGACGGUUCGCGAGAUUGUCACUAGCUGGGUGGUCACCAUUCCUGUUGGGGCCUUUCUGUCUGUAAUUUACACAUUAAUCCUCACCAAGCUCUUGCCAAACUUCAUUUGACAUGUGAGUUUAGCCAGUCAUUAAUUCCAUUGUUUGUGAAGGAGAAACAUCUCUCUUUUCCAUGCGGAUAUUGUGCCUUCUUUCGAAGGAAGAGAGAAGAUAACAGUUUGAUAAUACGCCAUGAUCGGAGAAAUGUAAGCUGGAGGAAAAGAAACAUUUGGAAUCAUGAGGAACAGGCGGUUCUGCUUGGUACUUUCUUAAUCUCUGUGUUUAUUUGAGUUUCCUUUAUAUCUGAUUAUACAUGAGAUAAGAUUGGACUUGGAAGUGGGAAUUCCAUGUUAUUUGAGAGCCCCGUGUACUGCACAUUUUUCUGAAGAUCAUUUAAUCUGAAUUUUCUUUUUUUUUAA